AUGAGCAGCACAACACCAUCAUCGCUCGUGUUUCGUGGAAUUGUGUUGAAUUUCUUGAACCCACUCAAUAAUGAACAUCAAAAGCUAUUGCUUGGAAGAAAAAUCAUGAUCAAUUCGGAUCAUCAUUUAAUGGAACUUGUGCGAGACAAGUUAAACGAAGUCGGAACAUUAUCAGGUGUACAAUUUGAUUUAUCGGGAGCUUUGUUUGAAUAUGAAAAUCCGAAUAAUCGAGAAUCCUAUCUUCGAUAUCAUAGUCUUGAUGAUAUUGCUGCGUUUACGGACAAGCCUAUCCAAAUCAAAAUAUCAUCCAUCAGCGUCAUGAAAAAGCAAGAAAAGGUAAUCUUGGAAUCAGAUCAUCACGCACCUUCCAACAGUAGUGAUGUAGUGGAUCAAAGCAUGUCUGGACUCACUCAACGUUUGACGUUGUGUGCUAAUGAUGAGUUUAGCGAGUAUUCAGAACAAUCGGAAGACAAUGCAGUUUAUGACACAGAAUCGUUAGAAAAUAAUGCAUUAAGCAUUCAACGCGUUUCAAGAUGGAAUGGAAGAUAUGAACCAAGAAAUGUUGUUGGUUCUGGAGGAUUUGGACAAGUUUAUCUGUGCAAUGAAUAUGCAUUCAAUGGCACACACAAGGGAACGGUUGCAGUCAAAUUAAUUCCAUUGCUGGGAUCAGUAGAAGAUUUCAAUAAGAAAAUUAAGGAAGCAAUUCUCAUGUUAAAACUGAGACACGAAAAUUUGGUACCUGCUCUGGAUAUCUUUGAAAUUUAUAAUAGAGACACUCUUGAGAAUUCGCUUGGAAUUGUCACACCAUUUUAUAUCAAUGGAGAUUUAAUGAAGCAAUUGAAUUCACAAAUCGAGAAAAAAGAAUGUCUACCAGAAGAAAUUAUUUAUUCCAUAAUGAAAGAUUUGCUUACAGCACUUAACUACCUCCACACAGAUGUUGGUAUUGCACACAGAGACAUUAAACCGGCCAAUAUUUUCUUAGAGAAAAUCAAUUUACAAAAAAAGACUGUGAAAGCAGUAAUUGGAGACUUUGGAGUUGCAAGAGAGAUGCCAAACUCAGACAUGAGCUUAAAUGGCACCAUGUGUGGCAGCCCUCUGUUUGUGUCGCCUGAGGUCAUAUUAGGAAAAUAUAAUUUAAAAUGUGAUCUUUAUAGCCUUGGAGUAGUUCUCUAUCAAAUGUUAAGUUUAGAUCUGGAAUCAAAUUUAAUCAAAACUUGCUUCUCCAAGUUCCCUCUUACAUCACUAAUGGAAGCCAGCAAUGCAUCUAUCAUUAAAGAUUUCACUGACCCCAUGAUUAUGAGAAAUUAUGCAAAAGAGACUACCACAUUGAAAAGGUUAAAAGAGAUGAUGUACUUAAUGUUGACAUAUAACUACAAAAAGAGGCCCAGUGCUAAAUAUUUCUUGGAGCAAUUAGAAAAAAAGGGCAUUCGAAAAUUGUUUGGAUUCAAAAAUUAG